AUGGCACAUAAGAACCCGGAUGAAUGGUUGAAGGAUAUGAGAGGGAACCUUAGUUUGGUGGCUACGGUGAUCUCAACUAUGACCUUUCAAACUGUUAUUAAUCCACCGGGUGGUGUUAUGCCAACAAAAGAUAAUGUAAAAGAUGUUACAGAUUGUACUUUUGCAAUGACGAAUAAAUGUCCCGGACCCGGAGAAGCUAUCUUAGCUGUUAGGUUCCCAGGACGCUACGAGAGAUUCCUUGUAUGUAACACCAUUUGUUUCAUUUCAUCUCUGAGUGUUUGUCUCUUACUUGUAAGUGGAAUCCCUCUGAAUCACCGAUGCCCCAUCUGGCUCUUAUCAAUAGGCAUGUGUAUCACUAUCACAAGCCUCGCCCUUACCUACUUGUAUGGCAUGUCAAUGGUCACCCCAGAUAGUUUUAGCGAUUGGGAUAUGACAUCUGGCUUGAUUCUCUUGAUUUGGUUUGGCUUGUUAGGAGUCGUUGCUUUACUCCUCAUGAUACGCUUUUUUGAUUGGUGUGUGGAGAAAUGGAACAAGAAACCUAAUGAUCCCCAGCAACAACGAGAGGGCUAA